UUCAGGUGCGACAGCGGUGACACGGUUUGAAUGCAAAUGGCGGAAGUGUAGUGGUUGGAAGGAAUACCACUCAGUAAUCAUGCAUUGGAACUCGAAAAUAUUAGUUUUAGUGUUUCUUACCGCCGCGCUUGCUGACAGACAUCUUGUUGCAGGGGACAGAGCCACCAGGUGGUGUGUGGUGAGCGACGAUGAAGAGGCCAAAUGCCUCAAGCUGCAGGAAGUAUUAGAUACCUUCAGAUUCGACACCAGCAUUGCCGGGAGUGAAGUGAUCCCUUCUACAUUCACAUGUGUCCGAAGUGUGGACGUGUUUGAGUGCAUGAAGCAGAUCGAAAAUGACCAAGCUGACCUGAUGACCUUGGAUCCAGGUCAAGGUUACUACUCUGGCAGAUAUCACAACAUGAUGCCUAUAUUGGCAGAAAAUUAUGAAGACAUUGUGAAGGACAAGCCGACCUACUACGCCGUGGCAGUCUACCGACAGAGUAACCCUGUCCGCCUUGAUGCCUUGUACAAGAAAAAUAUCUGCUUCCCAGGUAUCGGAAUGAGUGCUGGGUAUUUGUAUCCCAUUGCUGAACUGUUGGACAGGAACAGAAUUCCAGUGGAAGAGUGUAACGCCGUCGUCAAAUCCGUUACCAGCUUCUUCAACAGGAUGUGCCUACCUGGAGCUCUCACUUCCUUCUACAACCCUUUCGGCAACAACCCCACCUCCGUGUGCGAGUCCUGCAGUGGGGCAGGGGAGGAGAGAUGCACCACCAGUGAUCCCUCGGCCGGGUUCGACGGAGCCUUCAACUGUAUGGCCAGCGGACGCGGUGACCUCACUUUCCUCCGCCAUGACACUGUCCAAAUGAUGACAUCACAGCCAGGAUCACAGUUCACACCUGAUAACUUCCAGCUACUUUGUCGAGAUGGCAGCCAGCGUCCUGUGACAGAAUUUGAACAAUGUAACUGGGGAAUUAUUCCCUCCCACAUUGUAAUGACGUCUGCUGUACGAGAGCAAGACGUUGUCGAUCGCUUCAAAAGAUUCAUCCUUCAGGCUGUGGAAUGGUUCAAAUUUGGCGGGCCAUAUUACGACACUUUCAAGAUCUUCGAAUCUGAGAAGAUUUACGAUGAUUCAGGCAAACUAUACACAAGGAAGAACCUGAUGUUUUCGGAUACAACCAAAAGGAUAGAGGACAUUGACGCCAGUUACUACGAAUGGGUUGGCCCUGAUUUCAUUGAUGUAUUGAACAAGAUGCGUCGGUGCCCGCUGGACAUGGCCCGCUGGUGCGUCAUCUCCAUCGCCGAGAAGAUCAAGUGCGAGUCCAUGAUCAUGGCGUUCAAGGCCAAGGACCUGAAGCCCGAGAUUGACUGUCUGCUGGGCGCCAACACAACCCAGUGCAUGGACAUGAUCGCUAAGGGAGACGCGGACCUCAUGAAUCUAGAUGCCGGAGAUAUCUACGUUGCUGGCAGACGGUUUAACCUGAUCCCUAUUGCGGCGGAGGACUAUGGUGAUAUGUCCAUGAGUUUCAAGGUGGUGGCAGCAGCACGGAAAACAGACAAGAUCACAACACUCUUCAAUAUGAAAGGCAAGCGGGCGUGUCAGCCUGGCAUAGGGCGUGGCGAUGGGUGGAUAAUUCCUAUCAACAUUUACAUCGAGACGGAGCAGUUUCUUCCAGACGACUGCACUAUCUUUGAAAAUAUUGGCCAGCUGUUUGUGCGGAGCUGCAUCCCGGGGGCCCUGGACAAGGAGUACAACCCCAAACAAACUCCCAUCAGCCUCUGCGAGGGCUGUGCCGCUGGGGGCUACAGGAAGUGUCAGCGGAACAGUGAGGAGCAGUAUUACGGGGCCAGCGGCGCCUUCAGAUGUCUCGUGGAACGUGGUGGUGACGUAUCGUUUGUGCGUCACUUGACAGUGAGAGACAACACUGAUGGACGUAACCAUGCCAAGUGGGCGAGGAACCGGCGGUCAGACGACUACGAGCUGUUGUGCAAAGACGGCAGCCGGGUGAACAUAGACAAGUUCGCCCAGUGCCAUCUCGGGACUGUCCCAGCCAAUGCUAUUGUCACUUCCAAAUUCAAGAGUGCACAAGAGCGUGAGAUUUUCUGGAACCUGGUUAACUAUGGACAACAAUUCUUCUCUUCUGACAUUGAUGGAGACUUCCACAUGUUUGACUCGGGGACGUGGUACUCGGACCUGAUGUUCACGGAUGCAGCUGUGCGACUCAUGAGGAUCCCAGACGACAGACAGAACUAUCUCGACUGGCUCGGAGAAGACUUUGUUGCCCAAAUAGAAAACCUUCACAAAUAUACGUGCGUGUCCCCAGAUUCGGCCAUGUCAAUGUCACCCAGCUUCCUGUUUGUUGCAGCGUUAUUUGCUGCUGUACAGUUCUUCAAGUUAUAGUGUCCUCAGAAGAGGUUUUCGGAUGAUUUGAUCUGUUAGUCUCUCUUUUCAAAGCAGUAAUGCUAAAUUUCAGUUCAGUCAACCUGAUAAACAUGCUCAAUAUGUGUUAUGAUAGUUAAGAAAUCAAAAUUAAGACAUUUUGUAAAAUUGGAAACGUUACUUAUUUUGUUCAUUUUCGAUGAACGUAUUCAGUUCUUCAUUUUUAACAAAUACACAUAGGUAAUACUGAUAUGACCUUCAUUGGUUUUGAAGAGAAUGAUGCAAUACAAUGUAUGCAAGAAUUCCAUCUUUUGUAAAUAAGUUGAUAUGAUUCUUCAUGAAAAUGGCAUGAUGUUAAACUAAAUAAAUUUGACAUCAAAUUUAUUUCAUUCUUUCAUGCAUGUUAUAUUGGUUGUAAGAACAUUAACGAGAAAUUAAUAUUGGCCGAAGAGAAAUUUUCAACAUGUGAUACACUUCUUUUUUCAUUAAUUAGAAAUGUGAGGUUUGCUAAAACAUUUAUACAUGAUAAAUGCAAGUCAUGUGUUAACUUAACUCAUCAACUCAAAAUGACCAAUCUGAAAACAAGAACAGGUCAUUCUUUUAUUUGCUAACAAUCUUGAACAUCUUGCCCAGAACGUGAAUAUCCAACAUUUCUCAUUCUAGAAUUGUAAAUAUCAUAUUUUAUACCCAGAUAUUAUGUGUACAUAAUAUGUUCAUAACCACAAAUCAUAUAUGUAAUAUUUGUCAGAAAUCAGUGGACGUAGUUGCAUCUGUGUAGCUUGCCUUCGAGUUAUUGUUAGAGGAAGUUUUCAUUAAGGUGCUAGUUUGCCAGUUCCUAUGUAUUUCCCAGUGCUUAAGGAAAACUUAAUCAAACUCAAUCCUGAUUUUGACGGGGAAAUAUGAUUUGGAGAAAUGUGUAAAAACAUGUAAAACUAAAAUUUCUAAUUGAUUGAAUAUUAUGUGUUAUUAAAAUACUUGCUAGUGACGAUGUACCAUUAGUGCUUUUAGAGUUAGUUUGAAGACUAUUUUCUUAGUACAUGUGUACUGUUAUGUAAUAGUUGCAAAAGAAUUUUGUUGAAUUACGGUUGAUAUCAAUGCUUUACUUAACUUUUAUUCAUAUGAUUCAUUUUGAAAAGGUAUUUCUUUUUUAAAUUAAUGACUAUAUAGAAAUAGGGUUUGACAAUUUUAUACUGGAUUGUUCUUACAUUGUACAUAAACAUACACUUUGUAAUUAUGGUGACCUUAUGUACAUUAUGAAAAUCUCAUAAGAACUACUUUUGUAAAAUAAAGUGAUUUUUAUAUAA